GGGCACCUUCUCAUUCUGAGAUAUACUGUGACCUCUAUUACUGUUGAAAAUAGCGGAGGCAGAGUCCAUUGAUUUUAUUUUUUCCUUAUUAGACGAUGUAACCAGUCUAUGUCAAGGCGCAAUGGUAAUUUAAAGAGAAUAACCCGUUCGUUUUGUGUACAGUCAAAACAAAACGUGCUUAUGUGCUCCUCGCCGCUUCAUUUGCGAUUCGGGGUGUUCUGUGCUGUUGGGGUAGAAUCUGUUUCACUGCAUCAACAUGGGUGUGAUCGGUGUACAGCUGGUGGUUACCAUGGUGAUGGCCAGUGUCAUUCAAAAAAUAAUACCUCAUUAUUCCUUCGCACGAUGGCUUCUCUGCAGUGGCAGUCUGUGGUGGUACCAGCACCCCACGGAAGAUGAGUUGAGGAGCUUAGCCGGGAAACAAAAAGGCCAGAAGAGGAAAGACAGGAAGCACAAUGGUCACAUUGAAAAUAAGCCUCUCACUGUUCCCAAGGACAUAGACCUGCAGCUGGAGAUGAAAUGUAUCACAGAAGUCGACACAUUAGCAUUGCACUACUUCCCAGAGUUCCAGUGGCUGGUAGAUUUCACAGUGGCAGCAACAGUGGUGUAUCUGAUAACAGAACUCUACUACAGUGUGGCUCAGCCCUCGGGAGAGAUGAACAUCAGUGUGGUCUGGUGCCUUCUUGUACUCGCCUUUGUCAUCAAGACGCUUUUCUCUUUAACGGCCCACUACUUUAAGCUGGAGGAAGGAGGCGAGCGCUCGCUCUGCAUUACAUUUGCUUUUUUCUUUUUCGUGAAAGCCAUGGCCAUCCUCAUCAUCACUGAGAACUACCUUGAGUUUGGUCUGGAGACUGGUUUUGCAAACUUCUCAGACAGCGCUCUGCAGUUUCUGGAGACACAGGGUUUGGAGUCCCAGGGACCAAUCUCUAAACUCACAUUCAAGCUGAUUCUAGCAUUGCUCUGUUCUCUAAUGGGAGCCUUUCUAACCUUCCCUGGUCUAAGAUUGGCCCAGAUGCACCUGGAUGCACUUAAUCUGACCACAGACAAAUUUACUCAAACUCUGCUUCAUAUCAACUUCCUCUCCCCUCUAAUUAUGGUCCUGCUGUGGGUCAAGCCCAUUACCAAGGACUAUAUAAUGAACCCCACUCUGGGAAAGGAGAGUGUACCUUUGAUGAGUGAGCAGACAUAUGACACGCUGCGUUUAUGGGCCAUCAUUCUCAUGUGUGUUCUGCGGCUCGCUAUGAUGAGACAUCAUUUGCAAGCCUACCUCAGCUUGGCCCAGAAGGGCAUAGACCAGAUGAAGAAGGAGGCAGGACGGAUAAGUACUGUCGACCUGCAGAAGAUGGUUGCACGUGUUUUUUACUACUUGUGUGUAAUCGCACUACAGUAUGUGGCGCCCCUGGUGAUGCUGCUGCAUACAACAUUGCUGCUAAAAACAUUAGGAGGGCACUCAUGGUGGGUCUACCCUGAAGAAGAUCUGCCCUGCACCCACAAUAUGAACUCUGACUUUAUAGUGCAAGCAGCAUCUCCGGCAGCAGCGUCAGCUGUAGAAACAGGGGCUGGAGCGUCAGUAGCACAGCUCUCUGUGGCCCUUGGGGGCCUGCGGACCGUUUUUAGCCCUUUACUUUUCAGGGGUCUGUUCUCCUUUUUUACUUGGUGGGUUGCCGCCUGCCUCUUCUCCACCUCCCUCUUCGGUCUCUUCUACCAACAGUAUCUCAUGGCAGCAUAGCAUCCGCACACCAGCAGCGACAGACUGAACCCCACAGAGUCACUGUACGUCCAGCCUGGUCAGAAAAGACUGAUUACUGAUGGAUGUACUCCAUCAGCUCCAUAGCGCCUCCUUCCUCCUCCCUCUCUUUGACCACCUCUCACUGACCGACCAUAUUAUGUGAGCUCGUGGUUCAACCUCCAGUGCUUCCGUCAGCGAUGACUCAACUUCUUUUAAUUUGAGAGCAAGAUUUUUACAUUUUAAUAACAGACUAACGAACAAAUCAGUCAUCUGAAACUCUGUGUCAGUGGUCUAGUACCUGGUGUUGUAAAAAGACGUUGAUCCAUUUUGCUGUAUCAAAUAUGACUGAAUGCCAGUUAUGAUUGCAUCUGUGUUCCUUUCAGUUUUUUGGCCUUUUUAAAAUAACUUUGU